GCUGACAGACUGAGACUGCUGGGCCCCGGGAGACCCAAGGAGACAAUGAAGACUUUGGAUUUUAUUCCCGACUAUUCUCUUGGUGAUAAUUCCGCUGACACCAAGGCCCAGUUCAGAGGCCCUCAGAAAGCCUGCCCGAGCGUUACAGCCUCCUUCUCCCUGAGAUCUCUCUGCCUCCUGUCUCAGAUCUCUCUGCCUCCUUCUCUCUGACCUGAGAUCUCUCUCCCUCCUUCUCUCUGAGAUCUCUCUCCCUCCUUCUCUCUGAGAUCUCUCAGCCUCCUCCUCUGAGCUCAGAUCUCUCUCUCUCUCUCUGUUUCCUCCAGGGGUAGAGAUCUCUCUUUCAUUCCGGGCAGGUCAGCACCAGCCCGGGCAGAGGAGCCUCAGACCCCGGCCUCCCUCCCCCGCCCGGCCGGCAGAGCGCCCAAGCCCGGAACCAGAGACAUGGCCCCCGGCAGCCGGAGCCCCUCGUCCCAGGAGUUGGAGACGUUCAGGGACAUUAUUGUGGACUUCACCGAGGAGGAGUGGGGGCUCCUGGACCCUUCUCAGAAGGAGCUGUACAGGGAGGUUACACUGGAGAGUGUCCAGAACCUGCUGUCCCUGGAUGGAGAGACCAGAUUCCAAGUAAAUGAAUUGACUAGAAAGCUAGGAAUUUUUGUGGAAGAAUGUGACUUGCAGAGAGUCAUGAGUGAUGGUUUUUGUAACUUCAAGUUGAAAGAAAUCCAUGGUGCUAAUAUCAAGGCAGAUCAACAUCCAAAGAGUGAAUGUCAACUUAUUGAAAUUAGAAAGAGAUUUGGACAGUCUUCAACCCUCAACUUUUGUAAGAACAUUUCCUCAGAGACUGGUUGUCUUCAGGACAAUGGAUAUAGCAAAUGUUUCACUGAAGAAGUAGAGCCCGUUCAGUCCCAGGAGACUCCUAGACAUCAGAAAAUCCACAUUGGAGAGAAACCUUUUCUUUGUAAUCAAUGUGGAAAGGCUUUCACCAGUACCUCUAAUCUCAAUACGCAUCAGAAAAGUCAUACUGGAGAGAAGCCUUAUGAAUGUAGUCAAUGUGGAAAGGCUUUCACAUUCCCUUUCCAACUUGCCUUACAUCAGAAAAUCCACACUGGAGAGAACCUGAUUUAUUGUAAUCAGUGUGGAAAGGCUUUCACACGGAGGUCCAGUCUUGUUAAGCAUCAGAGAAUCCACACUGGAGAGAAACUUUUUAAUUGUAAUCAGUGUGGAAAGGCAUUCACCUGGAAGUCCAGUCUUGUUAAACAUCAGAGAGUCCACACUGGAGAGAAACCUUUUGUUUGUAAUUGCUGUGGAAAGGCUUUCUCAAAUAGCUCUAAUCUUAAUGCUCAUCAGAAAAUCCACACUGGAGAGGAACCUUAUGAAUGUAGUCCAAGUGGAAAGGUUUUUACAUUCCCUUUCCACCUUGCUGUACAUCAAAACCUUUUUUAUUGCAAUCUGUGUGGAAAGGCUUUCAGAUGGAAGUCCAGUCUUGCUAAACAUCAGAGAGUCCAUACUGGAGAGAAACCUUAUGUUUGUAAUCAGUGUGGAAAGGCUUUCACUAGUAGCUCUAAUCUUUAUGCACAUCAGAAAAUCCACACUGGAGAGAAGUUUUAUGAUUGUAGUCAGUGUGGAAAGGCUUUCACACAGAGAUCCCGUCUUGCUGUCCAUCAGAGAAUCCACACUGGAGAGAAUCUUUUUGAUUGCAAUCAGUGUGGGAAGGCUUUCACACAGAGGUAUUAUCUUGCCAAGCAUCAGAGAGUCCACACUGGAGAGAAACCUUUUGUGUGUAAUCAAUGUGGAAAGGCUUUCACACAGAGGUCCAGUCUCGCCAAACAUCAGAGAAUCCACACGGGAGAGAAACCUUUUGUUUGUAAUCAUUGUGAAAAAGCUUUCACCAGUAGCUCUAAUCUUUAUGCACAUCAGAAAAUCCACACUGGAGAGAAGCUUUUUGAUUGCAAUCAGUGUGGGAAGGCUUUCACACAGAAGUCCCGUCUUGCUGUCCAUCAGAGAAUCCACACUGGAGAGAAUCUUUUUUAUUGUAAUCAAUGUGGAAAGGCUUUCACAGAGAGGUCAAGUCUUGCCAAACAUCAGAGAAUCCACACUGGAGAGAAACCUUUUGUUUGUAAUCAUUGUGAAAAGGCUUUCACCAGUAGCUCUAAUCUUUAUGCACAUCAGAAAAUCCACACUGGAGAGAAGCUUUACGACUGUAGUCAGUGUGGAAAAGCUUUCACACAGAGGUCCCUUCUUGCUAAACAUCAGAGAGUCCACACUGGAGAAAAACCUUUUGUGUGUAAUCAUUGUGGAAAGGCUUUUGCCAGCAGCUCUAAUCUUUAUGCACAUCAGAAAAUCCACACUGGAGAAAAGCCUUAUGAGUGUAGUCAUUGUGGAAAGGCUUUCAGAUCCAGUUUCAAUCUUGCUUUACAUCAGAGAAUUCACAAUCGGGUGAAAACUUAGGCUCUCUGACAGAGCUGCAGCAUUACUGGACUUCAAGAAGUCCACACUGAAGAGAAACAUUAUAACUGUCAUCAAUGUGGAAUGGUUUCACACUGAACUCCACUCUUGGGAAGCAACAGAAAAUUCAUAUUUGAGACAAACUGAGCUUUUAAUUACCUCUUUGAAGAGGUAUUACACUAGAGAAGAACCGUAUGCAUGUUAUCAAGGUGGUAAUGCCUUCAGACAAGAAUCCUGUCUUAUUUCCCAUCUCAGAAUCAUGUUAGAUAUUAAUCUCAUCACUGUUAAGAAUAAGGAAAGUCAUUUACAUGAAUUUCAGAGCAUCUUCAGUAUUAGAGAAAUCAAUCUGAGGAGUUCCCUAUGGUUUCAGUGUGGAAAGCUUUUAGCUAAAGUUCUCUCUUACUUUCUGCCAGGGAAUUCAUUGUAGAGAAAAGUGUUGCCUGUAAAUAUGCUCCUGGGACUUCGUUUUUUUCUGAAGAGGGAUGAUCAGUAGACAACUUCAAUCAUACUGGAAUGAAGGUUGAUUCAGCAAGAAUUGGAAAAUGAGUAGAUGCCCAUCAGUUGGGAAAUGGCAGAAUAAGUUGUGGUAUAUGAAGAAAUGAAAUAUUCUUUUAAAAAAAUGAUGAACAAGCUGAUUUUAGAACAAGCUGAGCCUGGAGAGAUUUACACGAAAUGAUGCUGAGUGAAAGAAGCAGAACCAGACACACAUUGUACACAAUAACAGCAAGAAUGUGCGAUGAUCUACUAUGAAAAACAGUUCUUCUCAGUGGUUUAGUGAUCCUAGCAAUCUCAAUAGACUUUGGACAGAAAAUGCUGUCUGCAUCCAGAAAAAGAACUAAGGAGACUGAAUGUAAAUUAACUCAUGCUGUUUUCACUCCUUUUUUUCUGUCCAAUGGUUUUUCCCUUUUGCUCUGAUUUUUCUCUUCCAACAUGAUUCAUAAAGUAAUGCAUAUUAAGAAUAAGUAAAUUUACUAGAGGAAAAAAAAAGAAGGUCGAUACAGUUGUGCGAAGGUUUUCCUCUAGGGUUCAUACUUGACUGUACUUUGGGGAUAUCAUGCCACAGAUAAAACACAGGGAAUCUAUUUA